AUGCUAGCCUUAGGAUCAAAAGUCCUUGACCGUCCACAAGACCUUGAAGUUGCAAUAAGAUUAGCGGAAACAUGUUACUGGUCAUACAGAAUAACAAUGACUGGAAUUGGUGCUGAAGAGGUCUGGUUUAAAAUUAUGGAGGAAGGAAAUUUAAAGAACAAUAAUAACCCGGAAAUUCAUAAACGUCAUCCGGAUGGGAUUAUCAGACUGGGACCGAGUUAUUACUUACUAAGACCAGAAACCAUCGAGAGUUUGUUCAUCUUAUAUCGAGUAACAGGAGACAAGAAAUAUCAAGAACACGCCUGGGAAAUAUGGCAGUCUAUAGAGAAAUGGUGUAAGACGUCCACAGGUUAUUCGGGAAUAUAUGAUGUGGAUUCUACUAGUAUCAUUAAAAAUGACAGCAUGGAAAGGUAA